ACGCAUUAUCCAGCAUUUGUCAGGCAAGUGCUACUUCGUCAAAGUACUUAUGCUCGAGCAAUCCUCUUAUUCUUCCUGAAGUCAAUAGACUAAUAUCUUCCCUGAUCCAUAUCUUUUUGCCAUUGCCUGCAAUAUCCCCUCGCCACCAUGGCACCCCCUCAGAUCAAGCAGGAUCUGAACCGCUCUGGCUGGGAAACGACCGAUUUCCCUUCCAGCUGCGAGAACUGUUUGCCCGAUAACCCCUAUGUCCAAAUGCUGAAAGAAGAAUUCGGAGCGGAAUGCAAGAUAUGCACUCGUCCCUUCACAGUCUUCCGCUGGAAAGCCGAUCGAACCGCCCGAACCAAGCGAACAAACAUCUGCCUCACUUGCGCUCGGCUGAAGAAUUGUUGUCAGUGUUGUAUGCUCGAUCUGUCUUUCGGCUUGCCCAUCACAGUCAGAGAUGCUGCUCUCAAAAUGGUUGCGCCAGGUCCGCAGUCCAGUAUAAACCGGGAAUACUACGCCCAAGAACACGAGAAGGAACUAGAGGAAGGUCGUGGCGCAGUUGAGGCAUAUGAGAAGACAGACGAGAAAGCGCGAGAUCUGUUACGCAGACUAGCCAACAGCGAGCCAUACUACAAGAAGCAAAGACGACUAGAAGCAGAGGGUUCGCAAUCCGAUCAACAACAACAACCGAAAGAGCAGAAGCAAAGUGGUUACGGCCCCGGGCCUAUAAGGACUGCAGACUCGAGAAAAUCCGGAAACGCACACCGCGGUGGAAAGGCGGGACCCGGUGGCGCGAGAGCAGUCACAGUGGCACGCCCUCCUCAACCCGAAGAUUGGCUGCCUCCCUCUGAUCCCAACAUCACCUCGCUCUUCGUCACUGGCGUCGAGGACGAUCUUCCAGAACACGCCAUUCGUGCUUUUUUCACUCCUUUUGGCCAGAUCCGGUCUAUUGUCUGCUCGCACCGGGCCCAUUGCGCAUUCAUCAACUAUGCAACAAGAGAAGGAGCCGAGGCUGCAGCGGCGCAUUGCCAAGGGAAAGCAGCGAUUCAAGGAUGUCCGCUGCGAGUUCGGUGGGGCAAACCGAAACCGCUUGACAACACAGACCGGGAGCAGAAAAUGAGCUGGGCAAGAGAAGGUCGGGAAACUGCAGCUGCUCUCAAAGCUCAGCAGUCUGGUCAGAGAGCCAUCACCACUGGUAACAGCCAGGCUCAAAUUGAGGGUGCGGAUGUUGAAGGAAAUGCGAGCUUCACUGUGGCGCCCCCACCAGGUCAAGGGGAAGUCACCUAUGCCAGUUUGGCUGGUGAUUAAGCUUUUCGUGUCAAAGGUAUCUUUAUCUGUACAGAACAGCACGGCGUUGCGACACAGCAUGCAACUGGCAUGCAAUGGCGAGAACAGGCCGUCCACUGGGUAUCAUCAUGUGUUCACAAAAAUGAACAAAUCCAAGCUUUUGAUUGUUCAUACACCACCAACUUUGAUCUUUCCGCCUUUACCGAGGGGAUUCUUGAC